UUCAUUUUAAGGGGGGGAAAAAAAAAAACAAAGCAGAGCGACAACAUAACUCCUUUGCUCUGUUAUUUUCUUCUUCUUCUUUCUUCUUCAUCUGCUCUGGUUGAAGUUCCUCAGGAACCAGAUCAUGGCUUCUUUCACAUUCUUCAUUAUUCUUCUCUCUAAUAUUGCUUUUGCAUUUGCAGAUUCAGGUACAAUAGGAGUAAACUAUGGCCGAGUGGCGAACAACCUGCCAACACCAGAAAAAGUCGUGGAGCUCUUGAAAUCUCAAGGAAUCGACCGAGUCAAGCUCUACGAUACUGACUCAACCGUUCUCAAUGCACUAGCCAACUCUGACAUAAACGUCGUCGUUGCGCUCCCCAACGAGGUUCUCUCCUCCACCGCCGCCGACCAAACCUUCGCCGAUAACUGGGUACAAGCCAAUAUUGCCAAGUACUACCCAGCAACUCGAAUCGAAGCUAUUGCUGUCGGUAACGAGGUGUUCGUGGACCCGAAAAACACAACUAAGUACCUCGUCUCCGCCAUGAAAAAUGUACACAACUCUCUGGUCAAGUACAAGCUAGAUUCAUCAAUCAAAAUCUCAUCUCCGAUAGCGCUCAGCGCGCUCCAGAACUCAUACCCGUCUUCCGCCGGAUCCUUCAAACCCGAACUGAUCGAACCCGUUAUCAAACCAAUGCUAGAUUUUCUCCGCCAAACCGAUUCGUACCUGAUGGUGAACGCAUACCCGUUCUUCGCAUACGCAGCGAACGCGGACAAGAUCUCCUUAGAUUACGCUCUGUUCAAAGAAAACCCGGGAGUGGUGGACUCGGGUAACGGGUUGAAAUACAACAGUCUCUUCGAGGCACAAAUCGACGCCGUUUUCGCGGCCAUGUCUGCUCUUAAAUACGACAACGUAAAGAUAGUGGUGACGGAGACCGGGUGGCCGUCGAUUGGCGAUGAGAACGAGGUGGGGUCCAGCGCCGAGAAUGCGGCGUCGUAUAAUGGAAACUUGGUGCGAAGAGUUCUAACGGGAAGUGGGACCCCCUUAAGACCCCAGGCCCCACUCAACGUCUACCUCUUCGCUCUGUUCAACGAGAACCAGAAACCGGGCCCCACGUCCGAGAGAAACUACGGCCUCUUUUAUCCGAACGAACAGAAAGUGUACGACGUGCCGUUUAAACAGGAGGAUUUGAAGAACGUCGGGUCAACGCCCAUCAACGGCAGCAAGGCCCAGGUUCCAGCGGCGCAUGCGGGGCAGACUUGGUGUGUGGCGAAUGUGCAUGCUGGUGAAAAGAAGCUGCAGGCUGCGCUUGAUUAUGCUUGCAGCGAGGAGGCAGGCGCUGAUUGCCGUCCGAUUCAGCGUGGUGCCACGUGUUAUAAUCCUAACUCGAUUGAGGCACACGCCUCGUACGCUUUCAACAGUUUUUAUCAGAAAAAGGCUCGCGGCGCUGGCACGUGCGAUUUUGGUGGUGCGGCUUACGUGGCCACACAACCCCCCAGAUUUGGUAACUGUGAAUUUCCUACAGGGUAUUAAAUGGUUCGUUCGUGGGGUCUCUGAUCAGCAGCCAGCUUAUUCUUUCAUGAUUAACUUUGGAUUUUUUGGGUACAUUUUUUAGUUUUAUUUUUUCUACGUAUUUAGUCACAUAUAUAGUAUUUAUAUAUGGUAGGUACGGUAUCAUUGUUAUCUAGUCGUUUUAAUUAGUUUGCUUGUUUUAUAUUUUUAAUAUAUAUAUACAUGUAUGUAUAUGAUGUAUUUAACUUUCACAAUUAAGUUAUUUUGUAUGGUUCAAUUUUAUAUAAGAGAUAAUGACCUUAUCAUUAUUUUAAAUAAAAUAUAAAUCUAAGAGA